AGCGGUGGGGAACAUGCGGUCCAUUGAGGAGCUGCCGGGAGCCGGGAGCGGAGGCACCGCCGCGCACCGCCGCCGCGACACCCCGAGGCUCCAGCCCGUCCCUCCCCCGCGCGGGAGAGCCCGACCCAGCGCUUCUCCCGCCGCCUGCUCCUCGUCGUCCGCCGAUGGGAUCCUUGGGGCCGGAGCCGCGCUGAAGACUAAAAACCCAGCAAAAAAAAAAAGAAAAAAAAAAGCAAGCUCCCCCACCCCCAGACCAAACCAAACCAAACCAGCCCAAAACCAAACCACGGCAAAGCCCGCGCCCCGCCAAGCGCACCAUGCCCGGCAGCCUGGCCCCUGCGCGGCCCGGCCUGGGACUUGUGACUAGUGGAGUAGCCGCGUAGACGGGGGCAGGGCCCGUCCUGCAGCUCGACACCGUGGCACGACGGACUGCGGCCACCGCCGGGGGAGCGCGCAGCGGCCUGAUCCGGAGCAUGAGCCUCUCUCUGUCCGUCUAGCACGGAGCUGCCCCGCCCCGGCGGCGGCCAGCCUAGAGCAAUGCUGCUAGGUUAGCAUCCAAAGCUCCUUUUGAGUCUUCUGCUCUUUUUUUUGUCCUUUUCUUCUUCUUUUCAUUCUUCUCGUCGUCGAUUUUUUUUUUUUUUUUUGGUCCUCCUAUUUCUCUUUGGGAAAAGCAGAUGCACUUUGACUCCUGACUGCUCUACCUCAGACCUGAGAAAACUCAUCACAUUUGCUUUUCGCUGGGUUUUCACCAUUGUCGCUUUUCGUUUCGCUUUUUUCCCCUUUUUCCCUCCCCCCUUGUCUUCGCAAUGCGCGCAGCCCUCUGCCCCCUGUCCCUGCUCCUGGAUCCGUGCUAGCGGCCGGGAUCCGGGCUGCAAGGCUGGGCAAACCGCUGGUUUUGUCCCCCCCGGUGUGUGGCCCGCUUAGGACAUCUGAACGAAGAUUAUUCUUCCUCCCUAUUUUAUUAUUAUUAUUGUUGUUGUUGUUGUUGUUAUUUAUUAUUAUUAUUAUUAUUAUUAUUACUAUUCUUUUCCUCAUCCAAGGCUUUUCUUAGAGCAAACCCCGCACGCAACCAACCUGCUUUUCUUUUUCAAGCAGGAUCCAUCCUGCUCCUCCCGUUAUUAUUCUUGCUGCCCCUUCUUCUCUUUCUCUCUCUAUUUUAUUCCCCCUGCUUGGCACCUGGGCGCCUGCCCCCGCCCCACUCUCAGAAUAACCAAAGACAAUGGUGCACUGUGCCGGCUGCAAGAGGCCGAUCUUGGACCGGUUUUUGUUGAAUGUACUGGACAGGGCUUGGCAUGUGAAGUGUGUGCAGUGCUGUGAAUGUAAAUGCAAUUUGACAGAGAAAUGCUUUUCCCGGGAAGGCAAGCUUUACUGCAAGAACGACUUCUUUCGGUGUUUCGGGACCAAGUGCGCGGGCUGCGCGCAGGGCAUCUCCCCCAGCGACCUGGUCCGGAGGGCGCGGAGCAAAGUGUUCCACUUGAACUGUUUCACGUGCAUGAUGUGUAACAAGCAGCUCUCCACCGGCGAGGAGCUCUACAUCAUCGACGAGAACAAGUUCGUCUGCAAAGAAGAUUACCUGAGCAACAGCAAUACCGCCAAAGAGAACAGCCUGCAUUCAGCCACCACCGGCAGUGACCCCAGCCUGUCCCCGGACUCGCAAGACCCUUCCCAGGACGACGCCAAGGACUCGGAGAGCGCCAACGUGUCGGACAAGGAGACGGGCAGCAACGAGAACGACGACCAGAACCUGGGCGCCAAGCGGCGGGGGCCGCGCACCACCAUCAAAGCCAAGCAGCUGGAGACGCUGAAAGCCGCCUUCGCCGCCACCCCCAAGCCCACGAGGCACAUCAGGGAGCAGCUGGCCCAGGAGACCGGCCUCAACAUGCGGGUCAUCCAGGUAGCGCAGGGGGGAGCGGGGCUGGGGCCGCCCCGACGUGCGGCUCGGUGCGGGGCCGGGAGCCCGGGGACCGGGCCGCUGUUUGCACCGCCGGCCGGCCUUUUUAAAGGGGAAGAUCCCGCGGCAGCCCCGCGCAGGAUGCGGCCGCUCGUGGACCGGCUCGAGCCCGGGGAGCUCAUCCCCAACGGGCCCUUCUCUUUCUACGGAGAUUAUCAGAGCGAGUAUUAUGGCCCAGGAAGCAAUUAUGAUUUCUUCCCACAAGGACCUCCUUCUUCUCAAGCGCAGACACCAGUUGAUCUCCCUUUUGUGCCCUCUUCCGGGCCAUCAGGAACUCCUCUGGGUGGAAUGGAUCACCCACUCCCUGGACAUCACCCCUCCAGUGAGGCUCAGCGCUUCACUGACAUAAUGUCGCACCCGCCAGGAGACUCACCCAGCCCCGAGCCCAACCUGCCAGGUUCUUUGCACUCCAUGUCUGCAGAAGUUUUUGGUCCAAGUCCUCCAUUUUCUUCAAUAUCUGUCAACGGUGGUGCUAACUAUGGCAAUCACUUGUCACAUCCACCAGAAAUGAAUGAAGCGGCUGUGUGGUAGCUUUAAAACAAACUGGGUCUAAGUAAGUGAUGAUCAUCUAGUCUGCUUAUGUUAUGGUGUACAGAAAUGAAUAAAUAUAACAUCUCUCCUGCCCUAAGACAGUUUUACCUUGGGAACGAACUGAAUCUGAAAUACUCCAAGGCGAGCUUUGCUAUAGACCAGGACAAUCUUCAUAAUAUGGUUGUAACAAACAAAAAAGGGACUUUUUUGUACCAUUGACAAAGAAACUGGUGAAGCUGUACAGUAAAGUGCUGCCAUACCAUAGGAUGGCGUAAGUUGAGUACCCUGUUGGAUGUCACCCUAAGAGCCACAAUCCUUAGAAACUUUUCAUUAAAACAAAAAAAAAAAAUUGAACAAAAGAAAGGUCAAAGAAAGGGGGGAAAAAGCUUCAAGAACUCUAGCGUUCCUGCUUAAGGAUGGUUCUGGCAUUAUGAAUUUGUUUGUUAAUUUUUGUCUCUCAGAAAGUUCAACUACAACAAACUCUUUUUAGCUUCAGAAAUGUCAGCCUGCUGAAUAUCAGGUGGGACAAUUUUUUUCCCCUUUUUUUCCUCUCCAAAAUAACAAAUACUAAAUGUAAGCCCUCAGCAUCAACUCUUCUACCUUCACAAAGCUACACAUACAAAAAAUCCUCAUAAUAACAAAGGUCACCAACCAGACCUCUAACUAAAAUGACUUGAAACAAACAGAAAAAAAAAGUAUUCUACCUUCACAAAAAAAAAAGCUAAACAAAAAGACUCUAUUGAACUAAAAACAGUCAACUGUUUACGUAUAAUGUUAAAUUCAGGAGCUCAAUGUUUUACUAAUAAAUCCUGUUUUAGAACCUCUUGUUCAAAAGCAAAAUAUUUUGAGCAACCAACCAAAAUAGUUCAUUUUCUUUUCUGUAGAUGUUAUAUGACAGAUUGCAGGGCUUGUGGUUCACUGUGCUAGUUUGUAAAAGGUGUUGUUUACAGAAGGCAAAGACAAAAACCCAUGAAACCUAGACAGUUGCCAAAUAAAGUAAUUAUAUAGCACAAAUACUGUAAGGUGCUUUGCACCAGCAACCUGAGAAAGUGUUUUAAAAAAGUGUUACAAGGUUAAAAACAAACAAACAAACAAACAAACAAACAUCUUUUGCUAAUUUUUAGUCCUGUUGAACAUUCAUGGAAUUGUUAAUAUGACUUAUAUAGACCCACACAGGUUUUAUUUUUGUGUCUUUAAAAGAAAAGUCCAAAAUAUUUAAAUUUUAUGGUCAAAUAUGCAGUCAACAGCUGCUACUUUUUUCUUUAUAUAUUAAAUUUCUCAUAUGUCUUUUAUUGUUCUAAUAAACCUAAGCUUGUGUGACCUCCAGUGCAUAUUAGACCAUUCACUGUAUGAAAGAAAACAUGUUGGAUAAAAUUUGUGAGUUUUUAAUAAAAUUAGAAAAUCUGA